AUGGUGUGCGACGUUUUAGGACUUUGUUUGGCCUUGUAUGUCAAAGCAUACGCCGAGACUCUCAAACUUUCAGGGCCAAGAUUCCUCUAUCAGCCGCCAAUUGAUGCUAUCAAGCACACUGGCCCCUAUGUCAUUGCUGGGAGUCUCAGACCAAAUGACGUAGCUCAUGUCACGGCCACUGUAGGCCUUCUUAAAAUUGGAUCUGCCGAGGGGAUACGACAUUCCACUGCUCUUGAGGUGGGCUCUGUCUGCGUGGGAGGACUGGAGCUCGAGGUCGGCAUGGUUACUACGACGGGUUUCGAUAAGGUGUAG